AUGGGUUGCGGUGUGUCUCACAUGCCGCACAUCGACUACGAAGUGAAGUCGCUCCACGCUGUGGAGAAAGUUGCGCCCACCAACAGUGACAGCGGUGACAAACGGCACGCGGAGGCGCUGCACGAAAAUGGCAUGUCGUCUGAGCGGCCGUCCGUGGCCAGCACCACCGCCACCGGCGACUCGCCGUCGCCGCGCCCCAUCAGCGAAAGCCGAAAUGAGGUGGUAAGGCUGCGGCUGUUGCGGCUGGAACACGCCAACAACAAUGGCGGCGCGGAAGAUGAUGUUGGGUGGCAGCGCUCCAUGUCGCCGACCCCUGGCCUCUCUGAGUACGCGACGCUCCCGCUGCGCCACGUCCACAAGAAGCUGAAGCACAACCACCGUGUGUUCCGUAUAUGUCUUACUGGCGGUCCGUGUGCGGGGAAGUCGACGUUCCUCACGCAACUGCAGGCGAAGAUGCCGGAGCGCACCGGCUACAAGGUGUACUGCGUCCCAGAGGCGGCGACGCUGCUCGUGACGGGUGGCAUGGUGUGGGACGGCGAUUUUGCCGAGCAGCAGCAGCUAGCCCUCCUCCGCGUGCAGAUCGCGCUGGAGGACCAGUUCUACAACAUCGCCAUGGCCUCCGGCAAGCCGAGCAUCGUCAUCUCCGACCGUGGGGCAAUGGAUGGACGAGCCUUCUGUCCGGAAGACACGUUUGCGCGGAUUCUGGAGCGGCUGAGCGUCACUGCAGACAUGCUGCGAGACCGCUACGACGCUGUCAUCCACCUUGUAACAGCAGCAGCUGGUGCAGAGGAGUACUACAACCUUGACAACCCCGCCCGUUACGAGAGCCUCGAGGGGGCGGUGGAUUCUGACGAAAAGUUGCGUCAAGUCUAUAUAGGUCACCCAAUGCUGCGCAUCGUCGACAACUCCACCACGUUUGAGGAGAAGAUGGAGCGCGGACUGGCGCUUGUCGGCCAGGUGAUUGGGCAGAAGUUCUCCAUGCAGAACACGACAUACUACUUAGUGCGCAACUGCCCCAAGGAACUUCCCGUCAAGUACGCCACCUGCACCCUCACCAUUACGCUGCUAUGCAACAGUCAACUGAACGACAUCCGUCUCAUCAUCAAGCGCGAGCAGUCAUCGGGGGAGUGCAUGUACUUCUUUAACUCCAUCCGCAGUGCCAGCAGCACUCGGCGUGGCUCUGGUAGCGAUGGGGCUGAAGGCAGCCUCGCACGCGAGAUGUCGCCGGCCGCCCACCACGAGGAUCUGCAGGCAGUGCAGAACGCGUUUCUCUGGUUGGAGCCGGGUCAGCGCGUCAAGAACGAGCAGCGCAUCAGCAGUAAGGAGUACAGUAGCCUCGCACGGCACCGCGAUCCACAGCGGCGCGAUGUGGUGUUGCGCGCCGUCCAAUUCAUUCACAACGAGAAUCGCUACGAGGUGACUACUAUUGUAGAACCGAUGUGGGCCGCCGGGAAGCAGGCGAUGACACUCGAGUGCGAUGACAACUCCCAGGCAACAUUCCCAUCAUUUGUUGAGGUGGACCGCGAGGUACCAAUUGACAGCCUCUCCACCGCCUUCCUCAUAUCCCACGUUGAGAUGGGGCCGCUCUACACGUCGCUCGCCUAUGCGCCAGUGUUUACGCGUGGUGUCGCCCCACCGGGUGCCCAUGCUGACGCGGAUAAUAUCAAUGCGAGCACGCGCAGCAGCGACCCACAUGCACACAAGGCGGAGGUGGGCACCGAGCCGAAGAAAAAGCACAAACACAGCAAGCACGCGAAAAGCAAGGGUGCUGAGGAAGUCGCGCCACUCGCACCGGUGCCGGUGAACGUCAGCCCCGCUGCAGCAUCGAAGAAGGAUAAUUCAAAGUCAGCGAGUGAAAACAUCGAUGAGAGAGAGGCGGCUAUGGGGCGUCUUAAACAGCCAAAGCUGGCACCUAUAAAGAAAUGGUCCGAGUCGGACGACGUGGUGUCGAUACCAACACCGCCACCCAGCCGUCCGCCGACUUCAAAUCCUCGUGGAGCAAUGCUGAACGUUCAGUAA